CCGGCCCAUUCAAUAACUAUUUAAUAAUUUUAGUAUUUUUUUUGGCUAGAUAUAUUCCCAAUUUCCCAACCUCCCCAUAAUCCGAUCUCUUCCCCCGUUCGAUCGGAUCGAAGCUGUGUCGAUCGCAAAAAAAUUUGAGUUCUUUUUCUUUUGGAAGUGGUUCAUCUGUUGAUCGCUUCUUUUCCCGCGUUUUCUUGGGGAUUCGAUUGAGAAAGGUUAAAUUUCGAAUUCGUAAUAAUGGCCUUGAACUUGGCUCAGAGCGCCGCGGCGGCAGCGUGCUUCGCGCCGUCCGCCGGCGCCGCGCCGCGCGGGCGUGCGCCUUCGGUGGUCGCCGUGCCGUCUUCGUCGAGCGCGGCGGCGACGACGGGCCUGAGGAUGGCGAGGCAGGCGGCGUGCGAGCCGUCGGUGGCGCCCGCGAGGCCGUCGCUGGCGUGCCGGGCGGUGGCCGAGCACGUCGCGGCGGGCCGGAGGAACGGCGUGCCGGUGUUCGUGAUGAUGCCGCUUGACACGGUGAAGAAGUGCGGGAGCGCGCUGAACCGGAGGAAGGCGGUGGCGGCGAGCCUGGCGGCGCUGAAGAGCGCCGGCGUGGAGGGCGUCAUGGUGGACGUGUGGUGGGGCAUCGUGGAGAGCGAGGGCCCCGGCCGGUACAACUUCGACGGCUACAUGGAGCUCAUGGAGAUGGCCCGCAAGACGGGGCUCAAGGUGCAGGCCGUCAUGUCCUUCCACCAGUGCGGCGGCAACGUCGGUGACUCCGUCAACAUCCCGCUCCCGAGGUGGGUGGUGGAGGAGAUGGAGAAGGACCAGGACCUCGCCUACACCGACCAAUGGGGCCGCCGGAACUUCGAGUACAUCUCCCUCGGCUGCGACGCCAUGCCCGUCUUCAAGGGCCGUACACCCGUCGAGUGCUACACCGACUUCAUGCGCGCCUUCCGUGACCACUUCGCCUCCUUCCUCGGCGACACCAUCGUCGAAAUCCAAGUCGGCAUGGGCCCCGCCGGCGAGCUGCGGUACCCGUCUUACCCGGAGAGCAACGGCACCUGGAAGUUCCCCGGCAUCGGCGCCUUCCAAUGCAACGACAGGUACAUGCGUAGCAGCCUGAAGGCGGCGGCGGAGGCGGCAGGAAAGCCGGAGUGGGGACACGGCGGGCCGACGGACGCCGGCGGCUACAACAACUGGCCGGAGGACACGCUGUUCUUCCGCCGUGACGGCGGCGGGUGGAGCACCGAGUACGGCGAGUUCUUCCUAUCGUGGUACUCGCAGAUGCUGAUGGAGCACGGCGAGCGCGUCCUGUCGGGCGCGACGUCCGUGUUCGGCGACGACGCGCCGGGGGGCGUGAAGGUCUCGGUGAAGGUCGCCGGGAUCCACUGGCACUACGGCACCCGGUCGCACGCGCCGGAGCUCACGGCGGGGUACUACAACACGCGGCACCGCGACGGCUACCUCCCGAUCGCGCGUAUGCUGGCGCGCCACGGCGCGGUGCUCAACUUCACCUGCGUCGAGAUGCGCGACCACGAGCAGCCGCAGGAGGCGGAGUGCAUGCCCGAGGCCCUCGUCCGGCAGGUCGCCGCGGCGGCGCGCGCCGCCGGGGUCGGGCUCGCCGGAGAGAACGCGCUGCCCCGGUACGACGGGACGGCGCACGACCAGGUGGUCGCCGCCGCCGCCGACCGCGCGGCGGAGGACCGGAUGGUGGCCUUCACCUACCUCCGGAUGGGGCCCGACCUCUUCCACCCGGACAACUGGCGCCGGUUCGUCGCCUUCGUCCGCCGCAUGACGGAGGCCGGCUCGCCGCCGGAGGCCGCCGAGAGGGUCGCCCACGGCGUCGCGCAGGCCACCGGCUCGCUCGUGCACGAGGCCGCGGCCGCGCUCCGGAGAUGGUUUGAUCAUCAUCCUUCCCCAGGAAAUAUCGUGAAACGUGAUCAGAAUUCAGAUCAGGCAAAUUACAAUCAGGCUGCACCAGAAGUUCAACAGAGCAUAUCUUCAUUCUCAAAAGCAAAUAGUAGCACAAGUGACAGGGAUAUAGAAUUGGUAGAGCAGGCAGAUAGAUCGAACAUCCUAGUAACCACCCUUGAGAUCAUUGACCACAUCAUACGGGAUGGGGGUGACAGUCUCAAGUGUGGCACCCUCAACCAUGAAGCCAGGUUUAGGACCCUCCGGCUGCCUCUUCGUGCUGAUGACCUCACCACGAGCCUUGGCAUCAGCCUUGAGCUGGUCGUUCUUGAUCUUCCUCAGGCGGAACUCCUCCGUGCACCUGGAUGGCUGCACAUGCUCCACACGGACAUGGAUCCUCUUCCUGAUAAUGCGACCGCCGCCGCGGGCCGCGUCGUGCUCGGGUGCGGGCUGGUGACGCUGGACUACCUCGCGACGGUGGAGGCGUACCCGCGGCCCGACGACAAGAUCCGCAGCGGCGAGCUCCAGGUAUCGGGAGGAGGCAACGCUGGGAACGCGCUGACCGGCGCGUCCCGCCUGGGCAUGACCACGAGGCUCAUCUCCAAGGUGGCUAAUGAUGAAAUCGGGGGAACCGUGCUGUCUGAUCUCAAGGAAGCUGGAAUUGAUACAUCUCAUGUUAUAAUUUCUGAUGGUGGAAACACAACAUUUGUAUAUGUCAUUAUUGAUAAGCAAACAAAAACUCGGACAUGUAUAAUCACAUCAGGGUACCCUCCAAUGGUUCCUAGCGACUUGACAAUGUCAAGUCUGUCAACUGCACUGCAAGACGUAAGCUUAUUAUACUUAGAUGGAUACUCACAUGAGAUGGCCUUGGCAGCCGCUAAGCAGGCUGAUCAGAUGAAGAUUCCAAUUUUGGUUGAUGCCGAACCAGAAAGAACAAGGGAAGAAUUGGGAGGUUUGCUCAGUCUGGCAAGUUACAUUGUCUGUUCUGGGAAAUUUCCAGAGAAAUGGACAUCAAUCCCAUCUAUUCCCUCUUCACUAUUAGAAAUCCUUCUGCAAUAUCCUCGUGCACAAUUCGCUAUUGUGACCCUUGGAGAAAAUGGAUGCAUGAUGCUUGAGAGGAGCAAAUGUGGUGAUGAUUAUGAAACUGAGGCAGUGGAUAUAGAGAAUGUCGCUGAAUCCUUAAGGCUGAAAGUGCAUAAAGAUGAUAUCCUGCCGACUUGUGUAUCAUCUAAGUUCAUGAAACUUUCUGGAAGAGGCCCUGGGACUAUAUUUGCAAGACUGCUGAUAGGAACAGCAGAAAGUAUUCCAGCUUCAGAGCUUGUUGAUACCACUGGUUGUGGCGAUGCAUUCAUAGGAGCAGUACUUCAUGGACUAUCCACAGAGAUGCCUCCUGAAAUGAUGCUGCCUUUUGCUUGUCAAGUGGCAGGCAUCAAAUGCAGAGCAAUCGGUGCACGAUCUGGUCUACCUUGGCUGUCCGAUCCACGCUUGGCCAAGUUCCUGUGUUAAACAUUGUCAGAGUUGUGAGGGACAAGGAAAAAAAAAGGAUUUUCAUUGCCUAGAAUAAUGAUCCAUGUUGAUGUUUCAGCUAUUGUUCAGAAGUCCACAGGUUGAAACUCGUGAGCACUAGUUACAUUAUGCCUUAAUUGGUGAUCUUUGUAACAUUAGACUACCAGCUGAAGGAAUGGACUUGUGAUUUCUCCCUCUUGGAAAUAUCAUCUGAAGUUCUAGACAUCCUGUCUGGUUUGACAAAGCCUGCCUGAAUUUAAGAGGAAUUUGGUACAUCUGGACGAAAAGGUU